GUUAACCAAGAGAGUGUCAGAUCUAACCCAGCCGCCAGCUCGUGCGCGGCACGUUUACACAGGAAUAACUUCAAACGCACGCUGGGGGUUACACGAAAGUUAGUGACCAAGCUUCAUUUUUAUUACAUCCAAGGAUAUUUUCAUCUCACAGCCACAAAGGACUUGACUGGGUCGGAGCUAGCCUUUUGGUUUUUCUCAACAGGAAGGCCUUGCUAUGGAAGGACCGGCCAUAAAGUAAAGAAGACUAAACCAAGCACCCUAAAAUAACCCAAACCUCGGUUGUCACUUCGCAAUGAAUCUUCUCGUCUUGACUGGAUGAAAUGUCUUGAGCCGAACUCCGCCGCACUAUGGCAGGUUUUGUCUCCACUGUGGGUUUGGUGGUGAUGCUCAAGGCUCUUACGCGUACCCAGCAUGCAGUGCUUCUUGGGAUAACAGUGUUAGCAACAGUGAUCACAGCGGGUUCACCUGUCACAGAUGAAUCUCUGUCGGACGCUACACACCACCCCAUGAGAUUUCUCAAAGAUAUUCCAGCAGGACCAUCACCAUCAGCCUUACCAGACUCACAUUAUACUACCUUUGAAAGCCUAGAGUCACCUAGUGCCCUGUCAUUCAUUUCUGAACCAACUGAUGAACCAAGGACUGCUGACACAACGCUUUUUCAAUGGGGGCAUAAUGCAUAUGAAAAUACCAAAUCCAAAAUGCCAAGCGAUGCCCUUGUAAAAGAGCCACAUAUUCUAACAAGUCCAUUAUUAAAAACCUCAGAAACUGUUCAGGGAUAUAUUCCACAAUUUGAGGAAUCAGCUAAACACGCCACAGACUGGAAGAUGGCCAGGACCAAUUCAGACUACCAGGCGUCCUCUCUCCCUCCAACUUCCACAAUAUCCAGGACAUUACAGACAAAUACAUCCAUAACAUCCUUAAGCCCCCCUCCCUUUACAGGAUCAGCAGCUCAUCUGGGUCUUCAUUUUGAGGAGAAAGUAACUCCUAGCAAGCAGCAGGAUGAGAGAUCAGAUCAAACACUUCCAAUCAUGACUUUAACAACUGGUCAGCCUCUUGAAACCCCAAAAUUGUCUUUCUCUGACUCUUUGGCUGAUGAAUCUUAUAGUCAAAUAGACGAUUCAGGUAAACUGAAUCCCAGCGUCGUCCCCUUGGUGGACAGCAAGCCUGUAUAUAACAUGCUGCCCAACCCAGAUAAGAUUAAAUCUCCUGGGUACAAUGUGCCUUUCAUCACAUCCCACCCUACAUCUCCUUUAUCUGAACCUACUGAGGUGUCUCCAGAGGACUUUUAUCCCACCAACACCAUGGAUGUGGACUGGGGGUCUGGAGACUACCUGGACACAAUAUCUUUCUACGAUUCAGACAGAGAUGAGUAUUCUCUGGUCACCAAGGUGCCCUCUGACCCGUAUGACCUGGAGGACUACACAGAGAUCUAUGACACAUCCUUUCCUUCCAGAGUGGGAAUAUCCCCUUCAUCCUUAAUCCCUGUUUAUGUCUCGCCUUCUCCCAGUCUCGUGACAGCAUACAGCACCAUUGUUCCACAUAAAUCCAUUUAUCCUUCCCCUUUUUCUACAACAACUCACAUUACUCUUGAGCCUACUCCCACACCCAACGCUGAUAUACCUGAAGUAUCAUACAUAGACUGGGCAGAUACUUUCACAAUUCAGCCAACAGAUGUCCUCUUACCUGAUAUGAACAGCUUAGAGUAUUACACCACUCAGUUGACCAAGGAGAGCAAUGGUUCAGAAAGUGUAGCUGAACACGGAGGGAAUGUUACUGUAGUGUUGAUGAAUUCCACAGAGAUCACACCCACCACCGGCUUCACCAGUGAUGCUAAUCUGACUGAAGAUGAGUCUUCCAGUGACCUUUCAGGGUUUGAGCCUCAUGAUGAAUCAACCACAGUAGCAACCACAGAGGAGAGUCCUCAACUAGUCAAUGACUCUCAGUCUUUUCUCGAUCCAUCAAUAGUUCCAACCCACUUCAUUGAUCCCUCCUCUUCCACAUGGGGUGGUCAGGUAUCCACCACAGAUUUGUCUGCAUAUACACACACUGUAGGUGUGGAUACUCCACUAACAGAGGCUUUGCAGCCCAGUGCCACACCUCCGGUGCCAGAAGAUGUGACAUCUUCCUUCUCUCUGACAGAUGUUCAAUGGUUUGUUACAGAUUCUUUUUCAGAAAGUACCAUACACACCACUGCUGUCUUAACUGCAACCAUAGCCUUCACACCUGUUCCCACUCAACCUGCUGCCAACGACACAGCUGGCAUAACAGACCUAACUUCCCAAGAUGCAACUGAAAAAGCUGUCAAUAUGACUUCAGUUCCAACCGAUUCCUCGACACACAACGUCACCUCUGUCCCCCCAGUUAUGUUUGGUGAUCAGGGCAUGACUGAAGAUGGCGCUGAUAUCCUAACCACAAUGACCUCGAUCCCAACAACAAACAGUGAAGUUAAUACAGUCUCUGCUGCACCCACAAUUACAGCUGCCAUACCUACUACUUAUCAAGCUACUACUGGAACUACUGCCACCUCUGAAACCUCAACGACAGUCAACAUCAUCUCCACAACCAAACCAACUACGACAACAUCAAGGCAGUACCUCUGCAGACAUGACAGUCCCCCUUAUUUAACACAGAUUGCUUUCCCUUCCGGAGCCACUGUUGGAUAUGCCAAAUCUCAAAUCAGAGACAUACUGAAAGCGGAAUUCAACAAGUCAGUGGAAGUGCAGAUAGUGGACCCCCCACCAAUGUUUAUGUUCCGAGUGGUAUCUGGUCCGAUUGUGUACACGGCCAUAUCUGUGAUCAAUGCUCUACGAAGGUCUGGACGCCGUUUCUUGUCUGUGUCUCCCAACUGGAAGAUGCCAGACCGUAAAUAUCAAGUCCACACAGUGCUGCAGUUUGUUCCUGACCACAUAGAUGUGCGAUACUGCAACUUCAGCGAGAGCACUGAAAAAGGUUUGACCGAGGCCUUUGCAGAAGUGCGGCGGCGUUCAAAGGAAUCAACCAACUUCACGGUCCAUAUUGUUAAUAUCACCAUGGCUGCUCCUAAAUAUGAGGACCAACAGCUAGUAAGGAACCCAGUGGACAUCACUUUCACAGUUAGUGGUUCAGGGGGUUAUCUGUUGGGGUCAGAAGUCAGCAACACUCUGAUGAAACUCACAGUGGUGGAGUUCACCUUUCAUAUGGGAUUUCCUGUACUACAGAUAGCUGAGCCUUUUCAUUAUCCAGAGCUGAACACCAGUCACCUGCUUCGCUCCUCGUGGGUUAGAACAGUCCUCCUGGGUGUGCUGGACCAGAAAGUGGGUGAAAGGACCUUUCAAGCUAGCAUGGAGCGUCGGGUGGCGAUGUUACUGGGGGAGGCAAUGGGACUGGCUAGACGUGUUAAAAGAGCCACCACUGUGGGCAACAGUAGUGUUCAGGUUGUAAGUGUGAGCCGGCUGGUGGAUGCAGACCACCCCUUGGAAAUAGUGUAUUUUGUGGAGGGUCCCAGUGGUGAGAGGAUGCCUGCAGUGCAAACAGCCAACCUGCUGAACAACCUGGACGUUCAGAGGGCUGCCAUUGUCUUGGGAUAUCGUGUGCAGGGCAUUUUGGCUCAGCCUGUAGAGAAGGUGGCAUCCUCCUCCUCAGACACUGAAAACACCAACAUGUGGAUCAUUAUUGGGGUGGUGAUUCCCCUCCUCGUGGUUAUUAUCAUCAUUUCCAUCCUCUACUGGAAGCUGUGUCGAACAGACAAGCUAGAGUUCCAGCCGGAUGCCAUGACCACCAUCCAGCAGAGGCAGAAGUCCACUACGUCAUUCAGUGAAUCAAGGACCUUUCUUCGCCAACCACUUCCUCAAACUAAAGGGAAUAUUGAGUUUAGUGAGGAUGAAGAGGAGGUGUAUGAGGAGGAGGAAGAAGAGGAUGAAGAGGAGGAGUAUGAGGAGGAGGAAGGGGAGGAGAUGAAGGUUAAAAGGGGGAAGAAACCAGUUUCUCUUCCCAAGAGCAAACACAGUAUGAGCGAAGAAGAGGAGGAGGAGGAGGAGGAAGAAGAAGAAGAGGAAGAGGAAGAAGAAGAGGAAUGGGAUUAUGAAGAUGAGGAAGAGGAGGAGGAUGAGGAUGAAAAGAGGAAACUUAAAAUGAAAGAAACUACAUCACAAGAGCAGAAGCGACAAGAGAGCAAAGCUGUGGUAAAGAAGCCAGGGGGGAUGAAGACGGGGGAGAAGAUGAAAGUUUUGUCUGAAGGGAGGAGAGCCAAGGAGGAGUUACAGGCCCCCAGUGUGAAAGGCUUUGACUUUGCCAAGCUUCAUCUUGGCCAGCAGAGUAAAGAUGAUGUCAUGGUAAUCCAAGAGCCCGUCCCACCAGGGCCUGGCUCUGGACCCCUCCCUGUGUCCAUUAAAGAUGGCCUCAGUCCAUCGGAAAAUGGUGAAAUCCUCACACCAAAAUCCAAAACCUCUGCCUCAUCCACAAAGGCGUCACGCAGCGGUCGAAGGCGUGAAAGGAUCUCCCCGUCAGACGGUGACUCGGUGGUGAGUGAUCAUUCUAGUGAACGGGAAUCGACCGAGGGAAACCUGAGAGCCCAGGCCACGCCCAGCGACAGCAAGCAGACCCGUAAGGUCCCCAUCAAUGUUUUAAAUGGCAAGAAUAGAAUAGGUCCUCCACCUACGAAUGGCGCAGCUAGUGAGCAGCUGUCCUCAGCUUCCAUAUUUGAACAUGUCGAUCGGAUGUCUCGUGCCACAGAUGCAAGCCGGAGACUUCCCAAUAAAGUGCAGCUCAUUGCCAUGCAGCCCAUGCCGGUCCCCCCGCUGCACAGUCCACCCAUCAACGGCAAACUGUCCGAUACAAACCAAAUCAGCAAAGAGAUUCAGGUAGCGUUGAGGCACAAGUCAGAAAUUGAACACCAUCGUAACAAGAUUCGUUUGCGGGCCAAGAGGAAGGGCCACUAUGACUUCCCUGCAAUGGAUGACAUGGUUAGUGCCCUUGGAGAUGCAAAGGACCAGGAUCGGAUCUACCAAAAAGCACAGACACAAAUCGAUAAGAUCCUGGACCCAGAACCUCAGAUGCCCCCAAGCUUCAUGGAACCCAAGAAAAGCGCUCGUGGGAGGCGCUCUCCUAAACAGAGGUUGAAGGAUCAGCUGAAUGGAGGCAUGAUGGAAGCAGACAAAGACCACCUUAUCUCUGAGGACAGCGAUGUUGCUUACAGAAAGUGUCCUGGCAUCCACAAUGUGGCCUACGUGUCGGACCCUGACCAAGGCCCAGGAUCCCCUCACAGGAGCCCUUCCCCCACAGAUGAUGUCUUCCUCGGCCCUGCCUCCUCUCCUCCAGGCCAUGCCCCUCCCCCACCACCCUACAUGCCUCCACAACCCUCCAUUGAGGAGGCGCGGCAACAGAUGCACUCGCUGUUAGACGAUGCCUUUGCUCUUGUGUCUCCCACCUCUCAGGGGAGCACAGCAGGCAUUACUCUCCCAGGAGUCAACAACAACAACCACCAGGGCUCCAGCCCUCCAGGCCGUGGCCCUAGAGCUUGGGGUCCUUCAUACCAAGCUUUUGGCCCUCUCCCUGGUAGAUUCUCUGAGCUGGAUCUGUCCUCUGCAUCAGUCCAAGGCUUGACACCAAGACAGGGCCUUGGCUCCAGCUACCUGCCACCAGGAGAAACAGCAGGACACGGCGAGCAGCUCCAGCCAGACAGCCUGUACUCCAGCAGGGGCCUCUACGCUGAUGAGCUGCCGUCGUCUGCCAGACCACGUCCAGUGGGGGGGACUACAGGUGCCCAGCUCCAUCAUCUCACACAGGUGGGCCUGUCCAGCCGGAUAAAUGGUUACCCGGGAGGGCUCAGGGCUCCAGGCCAAAAUGGAGGCAUUGGUUGGAAUCAUUACCAUGACGACAAUUUCUCCAGAGGAGAACCAGAAAAAGAUCCAAUGCAUAGGAGUGGAAUCCGGGAGUCCACAGCACCUCCUGCCCACUUGGACACAGCAAGCGUGAGCUAUCUGACAGCUCCUCCACCCCUGGAUACGUCACCUCCCAUCCAGUCCUCUGCCUCCUUGAUCAAGGCCAUCAGAGAGGAGCUGUUACGUCUGUCCCAAAAACAGGCAGCUGUGCCCAGCUACCACAGCUGAAGUCCUGGCUUCCGGUUUCCAGCUCUAACCAGUCAUGUCAUUGACCUUUUCUGCCUGCUUCACCUACUCCGACAAUGCUUCCCAUGGAAGUCCCUGAAGCUGUACAGCAGAGAUUGUCCUAAUAAACUGAAGUGAAGGGGAGGCUUGUGACAUUUGUAACUAAUUAGACUGCACAUUGUGAAAAAAAAAUUAUGAUAUAAUGGCUGAAAAAUAAUUAGAUCAACUCAGAGACAGUGUUAGGAAAUGAAGGACCACAUGAGCAGUAUACGCUAGACGGAAGCUGAGGAAAAAGACUCUCCGUGUUUUCUAUCCUGCACUUCAUGUGAGGAUCAGGAAAGAGUCAACUUUUGGCGACUGUAUAACCGCCAAUGAGACAACUUACAUUUCACUGCAUUACUUCAGACUUAGUAUUCCAUGUCAUAGUGUUAUUUUUGUGUUGCCUUCACAGAUAGAAACCCACUCCGACUCAUCUUUUAAAGAAACAUCUUAGUUUCAUUACUACAACUACUUUUGUUUUUUUUUUUACAGAUCCUUAACCUUUUUUACACCAGGUGCUACAUCUGCUUUCUGCCAUGAUGAGCCAUGCUAUGCCUUGACACUGUGAUAUAGUUCAGCUGACCAUAUUUACUGUUCAAGCCUAGAGUAAGAUCUCCGUUCACAGCCAGCAAGCCAGUCCACAGAGAGGGCAGAGUAAGGCAUGAAUUCACAAUUACAUGGAACAACACUACCUAUUCGUUCCUUUCUUAUUGCAGUAAAAACAGCAUUAGUCUGCGGUGAUAUUUUUGAUUUAUUAACUUACAAUACUUACUGGUUCUAUCAUGUUGAAGUCCUGUGUUGUACCUUAUUUUUAUUUAUGUUUAACAGAUCAUUUACAUGUAGUCAAACAGGAGAAAAUUGCCUUUACGAAUUGUUCAAACAUUGUUUUAGAAGCAGGUUUUACAAACAAAUAAUGAUACGUACUUGAUAGUUAUGGACAGUUAGUACUGUAUAUUUCAGUAUUUGGUUGUAUCUUGAUGCACUGUAUGCAGACUACUUGGUACAGCUCAGGUCUUUCAAAAAGAGAUUCUUUGAAGACAAAUCAGUAGAAAGAUGCAUUUAAAGGUCAUGUGGAAGAUCUGUAAAUUAGUGUUCUGUUUAACACAUUUCUGUAUUGACUCUUUACUGGACCACCACCAUCUCCUUUUUUAUGCAGUAUUUAAAGUUUGCUCUGCCUUUUUUAUGAGGAGGAAAGGAAAUAAACUACUAAAAUGAUCAUUUAGGCUUUAUUGCAACCAUUCAUUUUUAUGCUUUUUAAAAUUUCUUGUUUUCCCUAAAUGUCUCUUGAGUUAUGUACUACUUAGACUUAAAAAGGUUACAUUUGUCUUUUGACAUGAUAAUCCUCCAACACGACUCUGUGAAGUUUUAGGGCCUGAAAUGAUCAAUUAUAUAAGUUAAAUAAAAGACAAAAAUAUGGAUUUUUGAAGCAGGGUUGGAAUUAUGUUUUUGGAUUGUGUACCGGUGUCAUGUGACAGAUCAUAAAUGUUAUUUAUACAAGCCAUGGUUUUUGGCCAUGAGUUCAAACCAUCUGCAGAUGUGGCCUGAGCAUGCUCCCCCAUGCUGUGUUCUGCUCCCCAUUUCAUGUUCUGCUCCCCAUGACAUGUUCAGUUCCCCAUGACAUGUUCUGCUCCCAAUGACAUGUUCAGUUCCCCAUGACAUGUUCUGCUCCCCAUGACAUGUUCAGUUCCCCAUGACAUAUUUCUCCUCCCAAUGACAUGUUCUGCUCCCCAUGACAUGUUCAGCUCCCCAUGACAUGUUCAGUUCCCCAUGACAUGUUCUGCUCCCCAUGACAUGUUCAGCUCCCCAUGAUAUGUUCUGCUCCCCAUGACAUGUUCAGCUCCCCAUGACAUGUUCUGCUCCCCAUACCAUGUGCCUUUUUGACUCAAAAUGCCGGCUUUGACACCCAAAUCUGAAAAAAGCAAAAAACAGUCUAAAUAUCCGUAACACGGCUGUUGGGUUGUGCUUGCUUUUGAAAGCAACUUGUAAAAUGAGUAAGUGAUAUUAACUUCACAGUGGUCAUGGUGACAGGGUAUUUUCUGGUUCUCCAUCAUACCUCUUUGUUCAUGUCUUGGGUUAUCAAUCUCAUACUGUAUGCCUCCAUCUCCUGGAUCUGUACUGAAACUACAUCUUGUGUCCAUCUUCAGUUGUUUUUGUGUUACGUGUAUUUUUGUUAUUUCUUUUUAAUACUUUUCUACAUUGUAAAAACAAUCUGUUGGCUGGCCCAACAUUAUAUUUGAUUCUUAUUGCAUGUUUAAUUGUAUGUUUUGGUUUUUUUGUUUGUUUGUUUUGGGGCAUGUUGUUUAAAAAUCUUGAAAUACAAAAGAAGAUGUUAUUUGUCUGA